CGGCCUUAAUGUCGACUUUAGGGAUUGGUUAAGGAGGUAGGAGGUACUAGGGUUCGGGUUCAGAGGGGUAGGUUUCGGGUUCAGUGUCUCUGUCCAGUUGCCCACCAACUAGUUUAAUGAAGGUAGGGUUAGGGUUCAGAGAGUCUCUCUGUCCUGAUGUCCACUAACUAGUUUAAUGAAGGGAGGGUUAGAGUUCAGUGAGUCUCUCUGUGCUGAUGUCCACUAACUCGUUUAAUGAAAGUAGGGUUGGGGUUCAGAGUCUCUCUGUCCUGAUGUCCACUCUGUAUUUCCCUCUCUCAGCGGACUGCAACCACUGUAACUCCAUGGAGCGAUGCUUUAGCGUCAGCGGCGACUGCACCGCCCCCUCACUGGCUGGCCGCGCCCCCCCGGCCCCCGCCCACCCGGUCUCCACGGCGGCCCCGGCUCCGGCCCCUCCCCCGACCCCGCCCCCCCGCCCUGGCCGGCCCCGCGGCGCGGGCGCCAUGGUGGACGUCAGCAAGUGGCCGCUGUUCAGCCUGCUGAGCGCCAAGGAGACGGCCGCCGUGAGGCAGGCCUGCGUGUUCGGGAACUCGGCCAACGAGGCGCUCUACGUCACCCAUAGCAACGAGUUUGCGGUGAUAGGUCUGAACUGCAGUAACUGUCUGGGCACCGGGGACAGCCUCAGCACCAUCGCCCCCCGAGCCCUGGACGCCCUGAGGGGCAAGAAGGUGGCCUCCUUCAGCUACGGGAGUGGACCGCACGUCCUGCUGGCUACUGAGAGCGGAGAGCUGUACGCCUGGGGCCACAAUGGCUACAGCCAGCUGGGCAAUGGAACCACCAACCAGUGCGCCUCCCCCGCACUGGUGACCACCAACCUGCAGGGGAAGAGGUUCAAAGAGGUGGCCUGCGGGUCGCACCACUCCCUGGCCCUCACCACCGAUGGAGAGGUGUUUGCGUGGGGCUAUAAUAACUGCGGCCAGGUGGGCUCGGGCUCCACCGCCAACCAGCCCAGCCCCCGGCGCGUGGCGGGCCCCCUGCAGGGCAAGGCGGUGGUGGGCGUGGCCUGCGGACAGACCUCCUCCCUGGCCCUGGUGGACAACGGAGAGCUCUACUCCUGGGGGUACAACGGGAACGGCCAGCUGGGUCUGGGGAACAACGGGAACCAGCUGUCGCCCUGCAGGCUGACCGCGCUGCAGGGGUUGUGUGUACAGCAGGUGGUCGCUGGCUACGCCCACUGCCUGGCCCUGACUGACGAGGGGGCGCUCUACGCCUGGGGGGCCAACACCUGCGGCCAGCUGGGCACCGGCAACAAGAGCAACCAGCACAGCCCGGUGCAGGUCAUGGCCGAGAAGGAGAGGGUGGUGGAGGUCGCAGCGUGUCACUCCACACACACCUCAGCCGCCAAGACGCAGAGUGGACAGGUGUACAUGUGGGGUCAGUGCCGGGGUCAGUCCGUGGUCCUACCCCACCUGACCCACUUCGUCUCCACCGACGAUGUGUUCGCCUGCGUCGCCACGCCUGCCGUCAUGUGGAGGCUGCUGUCGCUGGAGACGGAGGACUUCAUGACCCUCAGCCAGGCCCUGGGCCGGGAGUUCGACAGCCCGGAGACUGCCGACCUCAAGUUCAGCGUGGAGGGGAAGUACAUCUACGUCCACAAGGCGGUGCUCAAGAUCAGGUGCGAUCACUUCCGCUCCAUGUUCCAGUCCCACUGGAGCGAGGACCUCCAGGAGGUGAUUGAGAUCGAGCAGUUCUCCUUCCCCGUCUACCGCUCCUUCCUCCACUUCCUGUACACGGACACCGUGGAGCUACCACCGGAGGACGCCAUCGGCCUACUGGACCUGGCCACCUCCUACUGUGAGAACCGUCUGAAGCGUCUCUGUCAGCAGAUCAUCAAGAGAGGGAUCACCGUGGACAACGCCUUCACCCUGCUGUCGGCCGCCGUGCGCUACGACGCUGAGGACCUGGAGGAGUUCUGCUUCCGGUUCUGUGUGAACCACCUGACCCGGGUCACCCAGACGGCCGCCUUCUGGCAGGUGGACGGCGCCAUGCUGAAGGAGUUCAUCUGCAGGGCCAGCCGCUGUGGGGCCUUCAAGAACUGAAGAGGGGCACUCAGGAAGUCAUGGGCCCACAAGACCUGAGGGGCCCUCAAGACCUUAGGGGCCCUCAAGAACUGAAAAUGGCUCUCAAGACCUGAGGGGCCCUCAAGAAUUGAGGGGUCCUCAAGACCUGAUGGACCCUCAAGUUCUGAGGGGCCCUCAAGAACUGAAGAAGGGGCCUCAAGACCUGAGAGGUCUUCAACACCUGAGGGGCCCUCAAGAAUUGAGGGGUCCUCAAGACCUGAUGGACCCUCAAGUUCUGAGGGGCCCUCAAGAACUGAAGAAGGGGCCUCAAGACCUGAGAGGUCUUCAACACCUGAGGGGCCCUCAAGAACUGAGAAGAACUGAGGGGUCUUCAAGAACUGAGAGGCCCUCAGGUCCUGAGAAGAUCUGAGAGCCCCUCAAUAACUGAGAAGAACUGAGGGGUCUUCAAGACCUGAAGAAGGGCCCUCAAUACCUCAGGGGCCCUCAACUUAGGGGCCAUCAGGAACUGAGGCCUCCUCUCAGAGUCUCCUCACCUGGUCCAGGACCAGAAGAACAGAGAAACUUUCUAAUUCAGUUCUCAUGAAGGUUCCUUUCUUCUGGUCAGGGGUCGUGAGCUCACCAUGGUUUGAAGGUUUGGAUCUCAUGAACCCCCCUCUAUAAGAAAGAGAUCCUGUCCAUCUUCUGUAGCUUUAAGUAGUGAUGAGUGCACAUUCCCCUCACAGCUAAAUAAAGCUCAUUCCUGAACUCAUUCCUAAACUCAUUCCUAAACUCAUUCCUGAACUCAUUCCUGAACUCAUUCCUGAACUCAUUCCUGAACUCAUUCCUGAACUCAUCCCUGAACUCAUCCUUCAACUCAUCCCUGGACUCAUUCCCUGAGCCACAUGGUUUCAGAGUAGAGAACCUGCAGACACUGAGGGAUGUUGAACUGACACUGAAGGGUGUUGAACAGACACUGAAGGGUGUUGAACACACACUGAAGGGUGUUGAACAGACACUGAAGGGUGUUGAACACACACUGAAGGGUGUUGAACACGCACUGAAGGGUGUUGAACACGCACUGAAGGGUGUUGAACACACACUGAAGGGUGUUGAACACACACUGAAGGGUGUUGAACAGACACUGAAGGGUGUUGAACAGACACUGAAGGGUGUUGAACACGCACUGAAGGGUGUUGAACACGCACUGAAGGGUGUUGAACAGACACUGAAGGGUGUUGAACAGACACUGAAGGGUGUUGAACAUGCACUGAAGGGUGUUGAACACACACUGGAUUUUGUUCGGGGGUAGGAGGGGGAGGCGAGAGAGAGGGGGAGGGGGGAGAGAGGGGAGAGGGGAGAGGAAGGGGUUGAGGAGGGGGGAGUGGUAGAGAGGAGGGGAGUGGAGGCCUCUCCUCCCAAGGCCAGGAAGUUCAGAGCUGAAUCUGCUGCUUGUUGAGGAGAUUGAGAGCUUUGUGGUUUUCUUAGUUGAGUUGUAGUUGAGCUGUAAAGAGCUAAGCAGCAUCACAGUCGUCUGUGUUUUAUCGCGGAGGACGUACUGUAAAGAAAUUAAUGCAACGCUGAAACGGUUAUAUCACAAAUUCCAGAAAUUCUGUAAACGCACUUAAGUCCAACAACCUGAUGUUGUUCCUCAUUAAAGAACAUUGAUUGGUUUGAGAUGAGCCCAAACCUGACCUGCUAGGUUGGUUGGUCAGAUGCAUUGUGUACUGUAGCCUCCAGGUCAUUUUACUGUCCUAAUUAACUAGUCUUAAUUAACAGUGACUGAGCUCUGAUUUGAAUAGUGAACUUUGGCGCUUUGGAAUUCUUCUUUGUUUUAAAUAGAUAUGCUGUAGGCUUCGGAGAGCAGUAGAACAAAGUAGAUUUCGGUUCAUGAAUACUAUUUUUGUAUUUUUAUACUCUCGUUAUGUAUUCAUGCAUUUCCGAUGUUCGAUGUAAAGUUGCAAAAUAAAGGACCUUAUAUAACCAUC